AUGUCUUCUUUAAUUCAAUGUUUAAUAGACAAUUCUGUUAAAUAUUUCUAUAGUAUUCUUGUUCUUACUCAAUAUUUACUUUAUUUAUUUAUUCAUUUUAGUUUUUGUCAUCCAUAUUAUGAAAAUUCCCACUUCUGGUAUCCUCAUCAUUCAAUGAAUAUUAAUCAACAAGAACCAUUCAAUUAUUAUCAAACAACACGAUUAAAAUCGACUACUUACUCAAAUAACUUAUUAAAUAACCUCCUAUCUACUAUGCCUUCUCCAGUUAACAUAUCAACUUUUAUUGAUUCAACUAAUUAUAAUACUAUAAACAAUACCAGUAAUUCAAUAGAUUUAGAGGUAUUUAAGAAUAGUAAUACUAAACAUCAAUUGAAUAACCAUAAUAUAAAACAAAUAAUGAUGAAUAAUAGUCCUAUAAAAGACUGGUCAAAUUCACUAACAUUUAAUGAAGAAUUAUUAAAUAAAAAAGACUAUUCAAUGUUUAAAAACUCAAAUUUUCCACCUUAUAUUUCUUCAUAUAAUAAUUUGUCAUCUUUAUUAUCUUGUGAUCACCGAUUUCCUGAAGAUAGUAUGGAUCAUUUUGUUGAUUCCAAUGGAACUGAUGUAAAUCAUAUGAACAUGUAUAUGAUAAAUGAAACUAAUCACAAACAAAUAUUGAAUAAUAAUAAUAAUAAUAAUAAUAAUAAUAAUCAUUCUCACAGUGAAUUAUCCAAUCAACUAAAAACUUAUUUCGAACCAACAAUAAUUAAUUGUCAACAUCAGAGAACAUCUCAGUCAACAGUAUAUCAUUAUUGCCAGCAUAAUUUGAAUCAUUAUUAA